AAAUAGUAUAGUUUUCUUUGAGUCUUCAACGAUCUACAUCGACUUCAACAUGAAAUUCGCCAUCGUCCUGCUCGCGCUCUUCGCCGUGGCUCUGGCUGCUCCUGCUGAUGUUUCAAUCGUGAAAUCGAAUUCUGAUGUUGGACCAGAAAGCUUCAAAUACGACUGGGAGACUAGCGAUGGCCAGUCGGCUCAGGCCGCGGGUCAGCUGAAGAACAUUGGAUCCGAAAACGAGGCCAUCUCCGUCCAGGGCUCCUACAAGUUCGUGGCUGAUGAUGGUGUGACCUACGAGGUCACCUACAUCGCCGAUGAGAACGGAUUCCAGCCCCAGGGUGCUCAUCUGCCCGUUGCCCCCGAGGCCUAAGUUUAAGGAGUUUAA